CCAUGCUUCCGUGGGCCGCCGCCCUCGGCCUGCUCCUGGCCGCGCUCGCCCUAGCUAGCCUGCUCGCCCUGCGGCUGCGGCGCCCCGUCGGAGCAGGGGUCCCGCCCGGGGCGCGGGACGGGGGCCACGAGGAUGAGGAAAAGAAGGAGGAGACGGGGGACAACGGAACUCGGGCGGACGAGUUCAGCGACCGGCGUGAGUCGCUGCCCGGCGGGUGCAGCCUCAUCUGCAAGCCGUCGGCGCUGGCGCGGUGCCUGGUGCGCGCCCUGCGGCGCUCGGCGGCGAUGGAGCCCGGCCCGCGCUCCUGGUUGUCUGGGCCCCACCUGCAGACCCUCUGCCACUUCGUGCUGCCCGCGGGGCCCGGGCCAGAAUUGGCCCGCGAGUAUCUGCAGCUGGCGGACGACGGGCUGAUCGCCCUGGACUGGGUGGUGGGACCUUGCGCCCGGGGUCGCCGGGUCACCAACGCCGGGAGCCUCCCGGCGGUGCUGCUGGUGAUCCCCAAUGCGUGGGGGCGCCUCACCCGCAACGUACUCGGUCUCUGCCUGCUCGCCCUGGAACGCGGCUACUACCCGGUCAUCUUCCACCGCCGCGGCCACCACGGCUGCCCGCUGGCCAGCCCCCGCCUGCAGCCUUUCGGGGACCCGUCCGACCUCAAGGAGGCUGUCACUUACAUCCGCUUCCGACACCCGGCAGCGCCUCUGUUCGCGGUGAGCGAGAGCUCGGGCUCGGCGCUGCUGCUGUCCUACCUGGGCGAGUGCGGCUCCUCCAGCUACGUGACCGGCGCCGCCUGCAUCUCCCCGGUGCUGCGCUGCCGCGAGUGGUUUGAAGCCGGCCUGCCCUGGCCCUACGAGCGGGGCUUCCUGCUCCACCAGAAGAUCGCGCUCAGCAGGUACAUCACAGCCCUGGAGGACACAGUGGAUACCAGCAGACUGUUCAGGAGCCGCUCCCUGAGAGAGUUUGAAGAAACUCUCUUCUGCCACACCAAGAAUUUCCCCAUCAGCUGGGAUACCUACUGGGACCGCAAUGACCCCCUCCGGGAUGUGGAUGAGGCAGCUGUUCCAGUGCUGUGUGUUUGCAGUGCUGACGACCCUGUGUGCGGACCCCCAGACCACUUUCUGCCAACUGAACUCUUUCAUAGCAACCCUUACUUCUUCCUCUUGCUCAGUCGCCACGGAGGCCAUUGUGGCUUCCUGCGCCAGGAGUCCUUGCCAGCUUGGAGCCAUGAGGUCAUCUUGGAGUACUACCGGGCCUUGACUGAGUUCUUCCGAACAGAAGAGAGAAUGAAAGGGCUAAGCAGGCGCCGAGCCUCAUUCCUAGGGGGCCGGCGUCGCUGGGGAGCCCUGCAUAAGCGGGAGGUUUCUCCCUCUUCCAAUUUUGAGGAGAUGUUUAGUUGGAAGCGAUCUUAUACAAGGUGAGACCUGGCCCAAGAAUCUCUCUCCCCACAUCCUGCAAAGAAGAACAGAAUCAGGUGGACAAGUCGUGAAAAGGCAGUGAAGGGGCCAGCACAAGGACAUGUGCAAGGAUCCCGGUUCAAGCCCCUGGCUCCCCACCUGCAGGGGGGUCGCUUCAUAAGCAGUGAAGAAGGUCUGCAGGUGUCUGUCUUUCUCUCUCCCUCUUUUUCUUCCCCUCCCCUCUUAGUUUCUCUCUGUAUUAUCAAAAAAAGGAAGAAGAAGAAAAAGAGAGAGAGAGAGAAAAAAAAAGGCCACAGGAGUAGUGGAUUCAUAGUGCAGGCAGUGAGGCCCAGCGCUAAACUUGGAGGCCAAAAAAAAAAAAAGAAGGCGGUGAGAAUUGAAAGAGGCAAGCAGCUCUAGACCUUUGCCACUGAUUGAGACACAUUUAAACUUAAACUGCUCUGUGGAAAGAGACUUUCUUUUUCUCCUGAGCAGAAUCCCUGCCCCAGUUUUUGCCAACACCUUCCUGUUCAUCUUGGUCAGUGGUGGACAGUCUCAGUCAUUGCCUCCUUCACUGACUUCAUCAGCCGAAGAAUGGCACCGUUUAAUUCCAUGGACUCAGGAGAAAAUGCUCUCUCACGAGUAUUAACUCCAAGGAAGAUGGAUAUUUGCAUGUCACUGAGCAGCUCUGUCCCACAUAAGUCACAUCAGCUCUUUGACACUGAUUCUCUAGCUGGAGCCACUUGAUGUAGUAAGGACAGGAUGUUUGUGUCUCAGUCCCACUUCCCUCAUUCUGCUUUGCUGACUUGACAGGCUACUGUGGAGGCCAGUUCACAGAGCUGCAUAGGACUGAAAAGGGCAGCAGAGGCAGGAAGUGAGGGUAGUCAGGUAUAGAGUAUGAAUUCCUGUGUCUAAGUCCAGAAGGUGGCCCAGUAGAUAAAGCACUGGACUCUCAAGCAUGAAUUCCUGUGUCUAGAGACUGAGGUCUCGCACCCUGCAAGUCUCAGGGAUGGGGUUGAACUGGGACUUUAGCCUAGAACCUCAGGCCUUGCUGGAGAGAUCCCAAGAAUGACUUUAGGAAAAGAAAGUCUUCUCGUGUAAGGAUCUAAGGUUCCCUGCCAGGUUGUGGUUUAGAGAAUCCCUUUCAGGCUGGGAGAUAGCGUGACAGUUACACAAAAAGUCUUUCAUGCCUGAGGCACCACCAUAAUCCAGAGCUUGAGCAGUGCUCUGGUAAUAUAAAAUAAAUAAAGAAUCCCACUCAGGCACAUUAUCAUUUCAGGGAGUUACACAAGAGAACCCUAACUGGAACUGUUUUUUCUCCUAAGAGAUACACUUUCUCUAAGUAGUGAUAAGCUUAAGCCUCGUGUCUUAGGUAUGUUCUGGCUAGUUGCCCUGUUUUCUGACACUAUUACAAUCUCUUCUUCUGUGGAGCCAGGGGAGACAUUUAGAACCAGAGAAAACAAAAGUCCCAGGAGGUUGGCUAGAGCUGAUUCAUUGACUUAUGAGUGUUCCAUGUCAUGCUUUUCCUGCUCACUUAUUCAAAAGGGUAUCGUAUCCAUGGAGAUGCAGAAAAGCUUCUUUCUGGAUCUGGACACACAGUGACUGAAUGGUGUUUGGUUUUAUGAGAAAUAGUGCUGAAGGCCAAAGUCAAAUAAGACAGUGUACAGAUUGAUCUACAAAUCCUGGUUUGGAUUAGGCCAUUAAGCAAUGCAAUAGAACAUCCGGUUUCAUGUGUUGCUAAGAGCUUUGCCCUGAGAUUUUAUUUAAUUUGUCAUUGAAAAAACAGACAACUGUUUUGACAGGAAGUUCCAUCCUGGCUUUACAAUCAAUGUGUGUGUGUGUGUGUGUGUUACCUGUGCAUGCACAAUUUCAUCAUUUCUAGUUCACUUUUUCCCCCCUUUUUCCUUUCUUUUUUUUCUUUUUCUUUUCUUUUCUUUCUUUUUUUUUUUUUUUUUUUUUUGUCUAUAGGGUUAUUGCUGGGGCUCGUUGCCUGCACUAUGAAUCCACUGCUCCUGGAGGCCAUUUUUUUUCCCUUUUGUUGCCCUGUUGUUUAUCAUUGUUGUUAUUGCUGUCAUUGUUGGAUAGGAUAGAGAGAAAUCGAGAGAGGAGGGGAAGACAGGGGGAGAGAAAGAUAGGCACCUGCAGACCUGCUUCACCACCCAUGAAGCAAACCCCCUGCACGUGGGGAGUGGGGGUCUUGAACCGGGAUCCUUAAGCCUGUCUGUGCGCCACCACCCAGCCCCCCCCAGUCCACUUUUUAAUUCAGACAGAGAGAGACACAUCAGUGCCAGUACUUCUCCCAGGGUCACACCAUCUCACAUGUGGUGCUGGGGCUCAAGCAUGGGUCAAAUGCAUGGUAAGGUGAGUUAUCUCUCUGGCUGAGCAAAACAAUUUUGCUUUUAAAUUGUAUGGGAGAGAGAGGACACUUGAAGUCUCAUACAUGCAAGGCAUGUGCUCCACCAGUGAGCCACAUACUUGGCCCCAGACACUUCAUAUGUUAGCAGGGAACUCAUCCACGCACUCACUGCUCAGCCACCUCACUGGCCCAAUUUUUAUUUUAUUUUAGAUAGGAGGUGAGAGACAGAGGGGAGACACGCACACAGAAGAGGGACAUCUCAGUACUUAUGAGGGUCCCCCAUGGAGGUGCUUCCACAUGACGGUCAGGUCCUUGCGCAUGUGUGUGCUCUCCAGAGUGAGUGAUCUCCUAGCCCCCAACUAUGAGUAUUACUAUUUUAUUAGAAAGAGAGACCAAAGCACUGCUCCCCUACCUGUGGGGUUCCAUUUAUUUUGCUUUUGUUGCUCUCAUGUGGUGCUGGGAAUCAAAGCUAGGGCUUUAAGCAUGCAAACCAUGCACUUCCUAGAUACCAUUUUCUGUAUUCCCCAACCUAGUUCUUUCAGAUAAAAAGAGAAGAAACUCACUGUGGUUAGGAAGGUGGCAUGGCUGUGAGGAUGCCAGACUUGCAUGCCUGAGACGCCAAGUUUGAUCCCUGGUACUGCAUAUACCAGAGAAAGGCUUUGGUUUUUUUUCUCUUAUUAAUAAAUAAAUAAAUCCUUUUACUCUCUUCUUAAUAUUUUUAUUAUUGGAUAGAGACAAAGAGACACCUGCAUCCUUGUUUCACCACUUGUGAAGCUUUUCCCCUGUAGGUAGGAACCAGGAACCAGGGGUUUGAACCCAGGUCCUUGCACACUAUCAUGUGUGCAUUUAACCAGCUGCGCCACUUGCCUGGCCACUAUUUUUUCUCUCUCUCAACCCACCCCACCCCCCGCUGCCACCACUAAGGUUAUCACUGGGGCUCUGUGCUAGUACUAUGGCGCUACAAAUUCACUGCUCCUGGUGACCACUGUCCCCUUCCUUCCUUCUUCCCUCCCUCCCUCCCUCCCCCUUUCUUUCUUUCUUUCUUUCUUUCUUUCUUUCUUUCUUUCUUUCUUUCUUUCUUCUAUUUUAUUGGAUAGAACAGAAAGAAACUGAGAAAGGAGGAGGAGGAGGAGAGAGAAAGAUAGACACCUACAGGGGCCAGGUGGUGGCACACCUGAUUAAGUGCACUUAUUACCAUGCACAAGGACCCAGGUUCAAGGCCCCAGUCCCCACCUACAGGGUAAAAGUUUCACAAGUGAUAAAGCAGUGCUGCAGAUGUGUGUGUGUGAGUCUUUCUCCCUCUAUCUCCCCCUUUGAUCUUGAUUUCUCUGUCCCUAUUAGUAAAAAUAAAUAAACAAAAUUAAAAAAUACACCUGGUGCUCUGGGAGGUGGUGCAAUGGAUAAACUGUUAGACUCUCAAGCAUGAGGUCCUGAGUUCAAUCCCCGCAGCACAUGUACCAGAAUGAUUUCUGGUUCUUUCUCUCUCCUCCUAUCCCUCUCAUUAAUAAAUAAAUUUUAAAAAUUUUUAAAAAGGGAGUGCAGGUGGUGCAAAGCGCAAGGACUGGCGUAAGGAUCCCAGUUCGAGCCCCCAGCUCCCCACCUGCAGGGGAGUCGAUUCACAGGUAGUAAAGCAGGUCUCUAGGUGUCUGUCUUUCUCUCCUCCUCUCUGUCUUCCCCUCCUCUCUCCAUUUCUCUCUCUGUCCUGUCCAACAAUGAUGACAUCAAUAAUGACAACAAUAAUAACUACAAUAAAACAACAAGGGGAACAAAAAGGGAAUAAAUAAAUAUUUUAAAAAAAGACUUCUUCAGACCUUCUUCACCACUUGUGAAGCAUCCCCCCUGUGAGAGGAGAGGAGGUUCCAACCCAGAUGCUCGUUCAUGGUAAUGUGUGUACUUAACUGGGUGCUCCACUGCCUGGCCCAUGUAAAUGAAAUCUUUAAAAUGUAAAUCUUCAGAGGUGGAUGGGAAUGCACUGGGUUAAGCACACAUGGCACAAAGACCAGCGCAAGGAUCCCAGUUUGAGCCCCUGGCUCCCCGCCUGCAGGGAGGUUGCUUCACAAGUGGUGAAGCAGGUCUGUAGGUAUCUUUCUCUCCCCCUCUCUGUCUUCCUUUCUCUUGAUUUCUUUCCUGUCCAACAACAAUAACAACAACAGGAACAAAAUAGAAAAAAUGGCCUCCAGGAGCAGUGGAUUCAUAGUGCAGGCACUGAGCCACGAUGAUAACUCUGGAGGCAAAAAAAAAAAAAAGUAAAUCUUCAAUAGGAAAAGAUAGAAAUAGGCUAGGAGUAUAGAUUGAUCUGCCAACUCCAUGUCCAGUGGAGAAGCAAUUAUAGAAGUCAGACCUCCCACCUUCUGCACCCCAUGAAGAAUUCUGGUCCCUACUGCCAGAGGGGUAAAUGUUAGGGGAAGAUGAUCAGAGUUCAGAGGUAUCUGAACUCCAAUUCCAUCAGGACCCGGAGAAAGAAGAGGGUAAGGGGAAAGGAAGGACACUUAGAAAUAGUGUGACUUAAAAAGUAAAAAAAGGGGGGUUGGGUGGUAGUGCAGCAGGUUAAGCACACAUGGCGCAAAGCAUAAGAACCGGUAUAAGGAUCCCGGUUUGAGCCCCCAGCUCCCCACCUGCAGGGGAGUCGCUUCACAGGCGGUGAAGCAGGUCUGCAGGUGUCUGUCUUUCUCUCCCCCCUCUCUGUCUUCCCCUCCUCUCUCCAUUUCUCUCUGUCCUAUCCAAAAACAACAUCAAUAACAACAACAAUAAUAACUACAACAAUAAAAAACAAGGGCAACAAAAGGGAGUAAAUAAAUAUUUUUAAAAAAAUUUUUUAAAAGUAAAAAAAAAGGCAGGAUCAUAGAAAAAAAUGGGCAAAUACACAUAUAUAGAUACAUAAAUAGAGAAAUAAUAGUCUGUGAUCUUGGGAGAACUAAUACAGUUUGCAGUAGGGGGAGUAGGGAUACAGAACUAUAGUUGUGGGAAAGAUGUGAAAUUAUACCCCUGUUGUAAUUUUGUGGAUCAAUAUUAAAUCACUAAUAAAAAGUGAAGAAAAAAAAGUAAAUCUUGAGUGGCCUGAGAAGUGGUGUAGUAGGUAAAGCAUUGAACUUAAAAGAAUAAUGUCUGGACUGGGGAGAUAGCAUAAUUGUUAUGCAAAAAGACUUUAAUGUCUGAGGCACCAAAGUUCCCAGAUUCAAUCCCCAGCACCACCACAGAGCUAAGUAGUACUCUGGGAGGAUGGGGGGGAGGGCGGGGAGAGGGAAGGCAAAUAUAAGGUCCCAGGUUUGAUCCCUUGCAUCACAUGUGCCACAGCGAUAUUCUGAUUCUCUAAUAAUUUUUUUUUAAGUAAAGCUUGAAAUCAGAUAUAUUUUAUUAUCUUUCUCUUCCCCCACUUCUUACCUCUACAUAUUUUCCUCUGGCAUUCUUUCUACUUUUUCUGAACAGGAAAAACAAAAAGGAACUGAAAUCUAAAGCUUCCACUGCCAGGCUAAUGGCUUCAUUAUAAAGCUUGGUGAUGGAGCAUUAUUGACAUCUGACCAGCCUCCUCCCCUGUAUCUGGUACAGUGAGGAUUUCAGUUAGUUAAGGUCCUUCAGGAUCACGCAGAACUGCCCACAAAAUCAAAAGCAGACCAGUGUCUUUUAAACUCUAUGUCUUGGGGUCUAGGUGGUGGUGUACCCAGGAUACUGUACAUGUUGCAGUGUACAAGGACCCAUAUUCAAGUCCCCGUCCCCACCUGUAGGUAGAAAGUUUCACAAGUGUUGAAGCAGUGCUGCAGGUGCCUUUCUUCCUCUCUCCCUGUCUCCCCUCUUUCCUCUCAAUUUCUCUCUCUCUGUUCAAAAAAUAAAUAUUUUUAAAAGAGUGUCUUUCAAAAGUAUAGUAAUGAAGAAUAAAUGAACCUCAUGUCUUAGAGUACCCCUGAAGAUAAUUGAUGAGGAAAGGGGGCCGGGUGGUGGCGCACUGAGUUGAGUGCACAUAGUGUGAAGGCCAGGGACCAGCCGGGGGACCCAGGUUUGACGCCCCAGCUCCCCGCCUGCAGGGGGCGUCGUUUCACAAGCAGUGAAGCAGGUCUGUAGAUAUCCUUUAUCUUUCUCUCCCCCUUUCUGUCUUCCUCUCUCAGUUUCUCUGUCCUAUCCAGUAAUGACAACAGUUAUAACAACAAUGAAAAAAAAAAAAAAGAUGGCCACCAGGAGCAAUGGAUUCAUAGUGCAGGCACCAAGCCCAACUGAUAACCCUGAAAGCAUUAAAAAAAAAAAAAGAAAAGAAAGAAAUUGAGAGGGGAAACUAAUGAGAAAACUCAUUUGGAAAGGCACUUGCCUUGCCACAUGCCCAAGGCCCAGCCCAGGUUCUGAGCCCCCAGUGCACCACACAGGAACACUGUGUCACUGGGGGAAGCUUAGGCACGGUGAUAUAUCUCCCAGUUGUUGUCUCUAUCUGGGAAAUUCCACCCAAGGCUCUGUAGAUGACAAAGAAAAA